AUGGUUUCUUUGAUGAAUGGUCUCUGGGAUCAAUCAAGCAAUCAGGCCCAAGUCCCGGCGUCGGACACAAGUAUACUGACAGCAAGAAAACCCUCGGAGGGGUUAAGGAUUCCGGACCAAGCCCCGCUAUGGAAACUGCGAUGCGUAACGGGAUUGGACUCGACAAAUUCCCUUGGUUCAAUUCCUCAAAACGACGACGAAGAACCAACUCGUCCAAGUUUAUUCUCCACCAAACCAUUCCCUCUUCGGUUCUACGCACCAAAUCAUUCUCCUCUUCCCAAAUCCCCCACUCUCCGUCACCGUAUCCUCCACUGCGUACCCGAGGUCACUGAUUAUCAGCGCGGAAAUUACGAUCAGCAUCACCGCGACCGCGAGCAUAACCACCACCAUCAUGAGCACAAUCACGAUCAUCACAACCACUACUCUAACGACGGAGCUGAACUUAGUGGCCCGAAGAGAGUUGUUGUUAAAUUUGCGAAAGCGAUUGGGUGGAUGGACUUGGCGAAUUUCUUAAGGGAGCACUUGCUGCUGCGCUGCCGCGCUGCCGCUUUGUUUUUCGCUGCAGCUGCUUGCCCUUACUUGCUGCCAAAGCACGCUGUAAAGCCCGUACAAAACGCUUUCAUUCUGGUUACUUUUCCUCUAGUUGGGCUGAAGAAAUUUUUACCAGCGUUGAAGAGUUGAAAGAGAACUAUCCAGAUUCUGCCCUUGUUUUGAAUGUGAAUGGUGAUAAACUCCCAAAUAUCUCCAAUUGGUCAUGCCAGAGUGUCCCUGUGCAUAACAUAAAAGUGGACUCCUAUAUUUUUGUUGGAGCUGGUGAGGUCUGUAGUGAGUCUAGUGACAGUUUGUUAAAUUUUUUCUCAUGCACAAUAAUUGCUAUGGUGUUUGUUAACUCUUCAUUAUUUAUGUUGACUUUAUUUCUAGUAUUUUCAUGGAAUUACUGUUGCAAGAAGUGAAGUAUCAUAGUUUUCUGCAAUUGUUUCUUCGAGUCAUUACCUUUCUGAAUUUCCUGUUCGAAAAUUCACAAUCAAUGGAGGCCAAGUUAACGAACUUAAAGAUUUGUUGAGUACUCAUAUCCAGAUUUAGAUUCAAGGGAACAAACCUGCUCCUUUUAUUCUUAAUGCUGUUUUUGAGGUGAGUAUAAACUUGCAUUACGGGCGAACAUGUGGCCGGGAUGCAACCUAAAGGUCACAGAUUUAAUUCUUUGAAACAAUCUCUCCACAUAUUAUGUAGGGAUAAGGUUUGUGUACAUCUUGUUUGUCCCUGACCCUGCCCACUACGGGAACCUUGUGUAGGAGUGUUGUUUUUCAAUAAACUUGCGUUCAUAACAAGUACUUUAGAGCGCAAAAAACCAUCCUAUUACUUAUUAUGGAGUACCCCGCAUUUAUUUUGGUGGAAUGAACAUCUACAAACUCGUGUAAAGAAACACACUCAGCUAAUGAAUUGAACCGACAAGUUAAAUGAUUUUGCCUGCCUUAUAUUGUGAAGAACUAACUUUUUGCUUGUCGUUGCUAUGU